UAAUUUUAUACUUCCACCGCGGCCUCCCGGUGAAAUGCAUUUUGAAAGUUAUUAACGAAGCUUGGUGCGUUUACGUUUAGUUUCUAGAUUUCUCAUGAUUCAUGCUGAUACUAACUUUAAAACAUUCGAUAGAAUGAGAAAGUCCCGCGUAACGGAAAGUUCAGGGACAGGUGGCGUCGAUUUUAGUGUGGAAAUGAAUUGAAAGAUGAAAUAAAUUGAUCAAAAAUAAUGAGAGAAGUGUUUGCAAUCACGAUGAGUUUUCAUGUCAUAGUAUUUCUUCAGCGCAAUUUUUCUGCCUUAUCAUGAGAAGUAUAAUCUUUCAUCGCAAUAUUCUAAAUACAAGCUGAACACUAAAAAUAAGGAUUCUGUGGAUCUCUGCUUUGGAAAAAUAGAAAAAACACUCAACGCAUAAUGAUCCUCCUAUCCCUGUAUCAACUGAUUGCAGCUUUCCAAGUAUGGUAUGCUGUCGGUGAAAAUCUGAUAACACCAGAGUAUAUUAAAAAAAUGUGUGAUCGUUUCCAGAUAGAACCAAAUCUUCUUGACACAAUUCCAACCAACAUAAUUGAGGUUAAGUUCAGCGAUAAGGUGAUUGUUGAAUUCGGGAAUGCCAUCGAUGAAAGAGAGUGUCAAGAAGAACCAAAGGUCUCGUGGCCGAUUGAGGCCAAUCAGACAUAUUAUACGCUUAUAAUGACAGAUCCAGACAAUCCCACUCGUGCUGAUGCCACAAAGCGAGAGUUUCUGCACUGGCUCAUUGGGAACAUUCCAGGAACAAUCAAGGAACAUGGUGACGAAUUGGUUCCCUGGUAUCCACCUCAUCCGAUCAAAGCCUGCGGUUUUCACAGGUAUACAUUUAUUGUUUUCAAACAGCCGGGAGCGGAAAAACUUAGCUUUGACGAACCUAAAUUGAACUAUUCUGAAUAUGGACGCGCACAUUUCAACACUAGGAAGUUUGCAAAAAAGUACAACCUAGGCGAUCCGGAGGCUCUUAAUUUUUUCCUUGCCGAAUCUCAUCUCGGAUGAGAGAAUAAUCCUGUUCCUGAAGGCAGAAGAAAAUUACCAAGACAAUUUAAACAUUCAAGAAGCCACAUGUAAAACAAGUAGCGACAUAUGGAUUGAAACACUGCAUUUUAUUAUGUGAUCUUUGGAAAACGAAAAAUAAAUGUUGAGGAAAGACAAAAAAAA